UGCAUGACCAGAAUGUCCUCGGCAUGUUUGAGUGGUCGGACCGCCACGAGGUGACCUUCACCGACUGGGCCCCGGAAGAACCCAAACACCUGAAAAAGGACUGUGUGGCGAUGUCGCAAAAGGCUGGAAAAUGGAAGCAGAUGAGCUGCAAGAUACCCAACAGCUUCAUGUGCAAGAUGCCCAAAGCGCAUUAUGCAAUCACCUCAGAGAAGGCAGAGGAGAGCCAUUCUGGUGACAGCGUACUCUUGCACAGAAGCAAGCUCGCCAAGUCAGCGAAUGUAGUUGCUGGAUCAGCGGUCGAGCUGAAGGGAGGUCUCCGUGUGAACAACGUCAUCACCAUCACAGGGCGAGCAAAUAAACUGGCAGAUUGGUUUAAAAUCAAUCUGUUUGUGCCUGACGACGAAACCGACAACGUGGUCGCGCUGCUCCUCAAGUUGAACUUUGUAACCAAGAAGAUUUGGUUGUACUCCAGAGUUAACACAACUUGGAACGAAAGAGAGGAGCAUCCCACACAAAGCUCUGGACGCGGACGAGAAGUCAAGGUUGUCAUCAAGUGCGCCGACGAUCAUUUCCAGAUCACAAUCAACGGCCUCGACGAGGUGACUUACAAAUACAGAGAGGCCAAUCUACAAAGCAUCACGCAGAUGAUCGUGUGGGGUCACGUGUCCAUCAAGGACAUCAAGCAAAGCUCCGCUUAGACCAGUCUGCGCUAAAAUGUGAGGACAGACGUCGUCAAAGUGUUCAAAUUGUUUUUGGCACACCCUUUUCCACCAGCUACAGAUGGUUUGUGGGAUAAUUGUACAAAAGUAACCACUUUAUAGUUUGAUCUAAUACUUAAUCUUAGUCUAAUCUUAUACUUAAACU